AUGCAGUUAGAGAUGGAUGCUAGACCACCAGCACCCUCAGUGGCAUCUCUUGCAGACUGGCAUGAUGAGCCAGCGGAUGAGGAAUUAGAGAGUUAUGCUGAGCCACCACCUGACUCAGUAGAAAGUACUGCACAAUGGCCUGAUGAGCCCUAUAACGAGAAGUUGGAAAGAGAUUCUGAGCCGCCACCAGACUCAGUAGAAAGUACUGCACAAUGGCCUGAUGAGCCCUAUGACGAGAAGUUGGAAAGAGAUUCUGAGCCGCCACCAGACUCAGUAGAAAGUACUGCACAAUGGCCUAAUGAGCCGUAUAACGAGAAGUUGGAAAGAGAUUCUGAGCCGCCACCAGACUCAGUAGAAAGUACUGCACAAUGGCCUGAUGAGCCCUAUAACGAGAAGUUGGAAAGAGAUUCUGAGCCGCGACCAGACUCAGUAGAAAGUACUGCACAGUGGCCUGAUGAGCCCUAUAACGAGAAGUUGGAAAGAGAUUCUGAGCCGCCACCAGAUUCAGUAGAAAGUACUGCACAGUGGCCUGAUGAGCCCCAUAACGAGAAGUUGGAAAGAGAUUCUGAGCCGCCACCAGACUCAGUAGAAAGUACUGCACAAUGGCCUGAUGAGCCCUAUAACGAGAAGUUGGAAAGAGAUUCUGAGCCGCCACCAGACUCAGUAGAAAGUACUGCACAAAGGCCUGAUGAGCCGUAUAACGAGAAGUUGGAAAGAGAUUCUGAGCCGCCACCAGACUCAGUAGAAAGUACUGCACAAUGGCCUGAUGAGCCCUAUAACGAGAAGUUGGAAAGAGAUUCUGAGCCGCCACCAGACUCAGUAGAAAGUACUGCACAAUGGCCUGAUGAGCCCUAUAACGAGAAGUUGGAAAGAGAUUCUGAGCCGCCACCAGACGCAGUAGAAAGUACUGCACAAUGGCCUGAUGAGCCCUAUAACGAGAAGUUGGAAAGAGAUUCUGAGCCGCCACCAGAUUCAGUAGAAAGUACUGCACAGUGGCCUGAUGAGCCCCAUAACGAGAAGUUGGAAAGAGAUUCUGAGCCGCCACCAGACUCAGUAGAAAGUACUGCACAAUGGCCUGAUGAGCCCUAUAACGAGAAGUUGGAAAGAGAUUCUGAGCCGCCACCAGACUCAGUAGAAAGUACUGCACAAUGGCCUGAUGAGCCCUAUAACGAGAAGUUGGAAAGAGAUUCUGAGCCGACACCAGACGCAGUAGAAAGUACUGCACAAUGGCCUGAUGAGCCCUAUAACGAGAAGUUGGAAAGAGAUUCUGAGCCGCCACCAGACGCAGUAGAAAGUACUGCACAAUGGCCUGAUGAGCCCUAUAACGAGAAGUUGGAAAGAGAUUCUGAGCCGCCACCAGAUUCAGUAGAAAGUACUGCACAGUGGCCUGAUGAGCCCCAUAACGAGAAGUUGGAAAGAGAUUCUGAGCCGCCACCAGAUUCAGUAGAAAGUACUGCACAGUGGCCUGAUGAGCCCUAUAACGAGAAGUUGGAAAGAGAUUCUGAGCCGCCACCAGACUCAGUAGAAAGUACUGCACAAUGGCCUGAUGAGCCCUAUAACGAGAAGUUGGAAAGAGAUUCUGAGCCGCCACCAGACUCAGUAGAAAGUACUGCACAAAGGCCUGAUGAGCCGUAUAACGAGAAGUUGGAAAGAGAUUCUGAGCCGCCACCAGACUCAGUAGAAAGUACUGCACAAUGGCCUGAUGAGCCCUAUAACGAGAAGUUGGAAAGAGAUUCUGAGCCGCCACCAGACUCAGUAGAAAGUACUGCACAAUGGCCUGAUGAGCCCUAUAACGAGAAGUUGGAAAGACAUUCUGAGCCGCGACCAGACUCAGUAGAAAGUACUGCACAAUGGCCUGAUGAGCCCCAUAACGAGAAUUUGGAAAGAGAUUCUGAGCCGCCACCAGACUCAGUAGAAAGUACUGCACAGUGGCCUGAUGAGCCCCAUAACGAGAAGUUGGAAAGAGAUUCUGAGCCGCCACCAGACUCAGUAGAAAGUACUGCACAAUGGCCUGAUGAGCCCUAUAACGAGAAGUUGGAAAGAGAUUCUGAGCCGCCACCAGACGCAGUAGAAAGUACUGCACAAUGGCCUGAUGAGCCCUAUAACGAGAAGUUGGAAAGAGAUUCUGAGCCGCCACCAGAUUCAGUAGAAAGUACUGCACAAUGGCCUGAUGAGCCCUAUCACGAGAUGUUGGAAAGAGAUUCUGAGCCGCCACCAGAUUCAGUAGAAAGUACUGCACAAUGGCCUGAUGAGCCCUAUAACGAGAAGUUGGAAAGAGAUUCUGAGCCGCCACCAGACGCAGUAGAAAGUACUGCACAACGGCCUGAUGAGCCCUAUAACGAGAAUUUGGAAAGAGUUUCUGAGCCGCCACCAGACUCAGUAGAAAGUACUGCACAAUGGCCUGAUGAGCCCUAUAAUGAGAAGUUGGAAAGAGAUUCUGAGCCGACACCAGACUCAGUAGAAAGUACUGCACAAUGGCCUGAUGAGCCCUAUAACGAGAAGUUGGAAAGAGAUUCUGAGCCGCCACCAGAUUCAGUAGAAAGUACUGCACAAUGGCCUGAUGAGCCCUAUAACGAGAAGUUGGAAAGAGUUUCUGAGCCGCCAUCAGACUCAGUAGAAAGUACUGCACAAUGGCCUGAUGAGGCCUAUAACGAGAAGUUGGAAAGAGAUUCUGAGCCGCCACCAGACUCAGUAGAAAGUACUGCACAAUGGCCUGAUGAGCCCUAUAACGAGAAGUUGGAAAGAGAAUCUGAGCCACCACCAGACUCAGCAGAAAGUACUGUACAAUGGCCUGAUGAGCCCUCUAAUGAGAAGUUGGAUAUACAUGAUGAGCCCUCCAAUAAGGAAUGUUUGGCAACCACCUCUAUGUUUGCAGAAUAUUGUCGUUUGAGAGCAUCUCUUAGUGUUGGCCUUAUGAAAGUAAUGCCCUUAAAAACAGGACCAUUUCCGAUCAAAACAGCAUUUAUCGUUACAGGCCCACCGAAGAAGAGGGCCUUUACUGAACGGAAGGUGUGUCCUAUUAAGGCAGCCUUCAUAGUCACAGGGCCUCCAAAGAUAAGAGCAUUUACUCCAAAGAAGGUCUGA